CCCUCUGAGGUCUCGUUCUUCAUAGUUCAUUCUCUAUUCUUGCUAAAACCCUAUAUUGUACAGCUGAAAACAAAAUAGCAACUCGUCGGACGCUCCCAGCUCUUUCAUCGGAAGUUAUGGAGAGAUAUUUUAAACGAAAAUCUCCAUUCUCUACUGAAGAAAAUGAUGAUGUAGAGAAAUCAAGGAAAGAUAUAAUUAAAGGAGCACGCGUGCUAGCUGGUUCUCGGACGCUUUUGAGUGUAUCAAUUGAUUGUGUUCGGUUUCUCACACGACAAGGGCUUGUAUUCGAUGAUGAUGAAUUUGUAGCUUCAGAAGAUCAACGCGACUUUAUUCAACUUUUGCAGUGUCUGGCCGACCAAAAUGCUGAGAUUAAGGCUAUUAUGGAAAAUGCUCCUGAGAAUCUCGUUUUAAUAUCACGUGAUAUUCAAAAUGAUAUUGCAAGUGUUGCUGCUGUUGAAACGCUGAGUUUUAUUAUUGAAGUAUUGGUGAUGCCUUAUUCUCAAUUCUACUUGAUAAGUCUCCCGAUGUCUCACAAGAGGAGCAAAUGUCUAUUGUGUUGCGUGAACAACACUGGAUGUGUAGUUGAACGUUUUAUGGGUAUUGAACACGUUUCUAGUGCCACAUCUCUCUCACUUAAGGCUUCCAUAGAUAAAUUAUUCUCUAGAUACGGGUUGAGUAUUUCUCGAUUGAGAGGACAAGGUUAUGAUGUGACUAGUGAUAUUCAAGGUGAGUUUAAUGGUCUCAAAGAACUUAUUUUGAAAGAGAAUCCAUGUGCUUUUUACGUUCAUUGCUUUGCUUAUCAACUUGAACAAGCUCUUGUAGAUGUUGCAAAGAAUCAUAUGGAGACUGGAUCGCUAUUCAGUUUGGUUUCUAGGAUGGUGAAUAUUGUCGGAGUAUUGUCUAAUCGUUGUGAUCUUCUUAGAGAGAAACAAGCAGCCAUAAUUUCAAAUGCACUCCAGAACAGUGAGAUUUCAAGUUGACAAAGUCUCAAUCAGCAUAGUACCGUUAAUUCUCCUCAUGAUGCACAUUGGGGAUCACACUAUGGUACUUUGACCACUUUGAUUACCAUGUUCUCACCUAUACGUGAUGUCCUUGAAAUGAUUAUUGAUAUUGAAUCAUGUCGUGAUCAAAGAUUUUGGGCAAAAUAUUUAUCAGAUGGGAUGCCUUCAUUUGACUUUGCAUUUAGUCUACAUCUCAUGAGAACUAUUUUAGGAAUUUCCAAUGAGUUGUCGAAGGUAUUACAAAGGAAAGAUAAAGAUAUUGUCAAUGCCAUAAGUUUAGUGAAAGUAUGUAAACAACAACUCCAAGUGAUGAGGGAGAAUGGGUGGGAUUCUCUUUUGGAACAAGUAUGUUCUUUCUGUCAAAAGCACGAUAUUGAUGUUCUGAACAUGGAUGGGACGUUUAUACAUCAAGGUCGCUCAGGGCGGAAUACUAAAGAAAUGACAAAGUUGCAUUACUUCCGCGAGGGUUUAUUCUAUGAUGUCAUUGAUAUGCAACUUCAAGAGUUGAAUGAUCGAUUCACUGAGAUAAAUAAUGAGCUGCUACUUUGUGUAGCAUGCUUAUGCCCCAACGAUUCAUUCUCGGCUUUUGAUAAGGAAAAGUUACUUCGCCUUGCUCAGUAUUAUCCAAAAGAUUUUUCACCAACAGAGUGCAUGAAGCUUGAUGAUCAACUUGAAAGUUAUAUCAUUGUUAUGCGCUCUAGCAAAGAGUUCGAAGAAUUAUGGGGCCUAAGUAAUCUUUCAAAGAAGUUGACUGCAACUAAGAAAAAUGAAGCGUAUCCAUUAGUUUACAAGCUUGUGAAUUUGGCAUUAAUUCUUCCCAUUGCUACUCCUACAGUUGAAAGAGUCUUGACUGCAACUAACAUUGUGAAGGCUCGAUUGCGCAAUAAAAUUGGAGAUCGGUGGAUGAAUGACAACUUAGUUGUAUAUACUGAAAACGAUGUAUUCCAAAAAAUAGACGAUGAUGUCAUUAUGCGUGGUUUCCGAAGUGUGAAAACCUGUUGGGAACAAUGGGAUUCACAUAAAUAGACACAAAUUCAGGAGACCAGUCAUGGAAAGUAAACAGCAGGGGAACAUGAGUCAGCAAGAACACGUUGAAAACCUGUAAGAUUCUAUUGCUUUUAUUACGUAUUCGAGAUCAGUUAGAUUGUUAUUUGAAGAAAGUUGUUAAAACAGUAAAGUAGAAAAACACUAGCAGCAGAGUCGCAUCGGUUGCUAUAGGAAAUGGUGUUUAAGGUUUUCCUGCUCUUGCAGAAAUUAAGAAAGAGAAGUGGCAAGGUUUUCACACUUCCAAAAUGGACAGAUAGGGGACUCUUUUGAGGUAAGACUUCCUAGAACUUAUACUGAGUUCUUCUACAUGUGGAAGUAAAAUAGGAGUGGGCGUUGUGAGUUCAAAACCUGCCAAUAUCGGGUUUGUGAAACGUCUGUAUCCUGAAAAUGUGAUUUGAACAUUGGCUUUAGGACCCUGAAAGGUUGCACCUGCUUCUUCUUUGAA